AUGACGCACCCAGCCCCUGGCAAGUCGGCCGAGCAACAGGAGCCAGUAUGUUACAACUGCGGUACAAGAGGUCACUGGAUGCCCGCUUGCCCAGAGCCAACUCGGGCCAUUCCUGCUGGUCUCACACGGUGGAAAUCCCAGCAUCAAGACAGCGCACCAUCGCCGUCUGAUCGUAAUAGCUCACCUAGGGAUAAAAAGGGAGGGGCCGUUGUCACGCGGUAUCACCCACCCGCCAGUCAACCCUCUUCUUCCCUUGCUAGGUACGGCCACCCACCCGGUCUGCCGCUUCCACCGCCUCUACCGCCUCCGCCUCAAGCGCCUCCCCUCCAGGCGCCUCCCCCCCAGGCAUACCCGCAGCCAAUAUAUCCGCCACCUCCAUCUUAUGCUGGAGGCUAUCCUCACCCUCCGCCGCCGCCGCCGCAUUACGGCCAAUACCCUCCAUCUGAUGCGCCGUAUCCUCCGCAUCCGCCGCCCCAGUAUGGCCAGCAACCUCCCUAUGGGCCGCCUCAAUAUCCGCCGUCGUAUCCGCCGCCGCCGACAUACUACUCAAACACUCUCCCCCCUCCACCCCCUCCGCAUUCAUUCCCCUAUGGAGCUUACCCACAACCAUACGUGCCGCCGCCUGGCCCCCCUCCUGCACCGCCCGCUUAUCAUCCCCAUUUCACCACGGGGCCUCCGCCGCCGCCGGAGUACCAUUAUUCCCCGGGCCAACCGCCGCCUUAUGGUGCUGUCCCUCCUCCGCCAGCCCAUUACCCUCCCACUCCUGGAUGGAACCAACCGCCAUAUGGCCCCCCUCCCCAGCUUCCACCCGCUUCAAGCCAGGCAAUGUCGAAUGGCCACCGUGGGAAACGUGACAAGCAUCAGGGAUCUAAGCGCUCGCACCAGAACAAAGAUAGAUAUCGCCCUGGGAAUGACAAGGGCACCAAGAACAGCCCUCGUGUCGAACGAAAACCAGAUCGUCGGGCUGUCAGAGACGAGCAGUCUUCCAAGGGCAAAGAUUGCCAGCCUUCAGUCUCUCGUCCAAAAGAUGAAGAAGACAAGGAGGAAGACGGCGAAUGGGAUCCCACAUCCGCUGCUGACUUGGAGAAAAUAUUCCCCGAAAUUGAGCCAACGAGGGCGGCUGAUCCUGUUGGGAUUCCUCUUGCUUGUGUCUACAACGAGGGGCCUACGAUCCCGCCAAAAUUCGAUGCCAAGUGCAUCAAGUCUGACUUUUUCGACGAAGAGAGCCGAGAGGAUUUUGGAGCAUCCAUUCGCGGGACCAGUUCUUGGCCCAUUGUCAAGAGGGACCCAGUCUUCAGGAAAUAUCCAGGCAUGACGCUGUAUUACUUUCCAGCACAGCCACACGGAUAUUGGCUUUAUGAGCGUCCCAUCCCGCCUUCCCCAUCGGCUGCGGUUAAAAUGCCGCCCAAGUAUCGAAUCGAUCGGAAUGCCCGCAAAGCAACACCCGAACGAGAACAGGGAUUGACAGUCAGGACUCCGGUUGGCGGGACUGAUAGACAUGUUAGUCGUCCACCUUUAGAUGGCUACCGGUCCCGAGACUCGCCCUUGUAUCGCUACAGCAGAGACGGCGGAGAUAGCGGUCGAUUCAAGAAGCGGUCCCUCGAUGAUCCCUCCGACUGCCGCGAUCGAGAUGAUCACGAUACCAAACGAGCCAGGAUGUCUGAGUGUCGUUACGAGACAUCCCGCAGCGACCGUCAUGAGGUCGUCUCACCCGUGAAUAGGGUAACGCCAAACGCCAGGACUUAUCUCAACGGCAAUCCAUGGUCACCGCAGGAAGGCGAAAGUGCCGCUAGGGCUCCGAACGAUUAUCAGUUUCUGGAUGUGCCGCUGGACAGUAUUUCCCCAUCAUCCAGAGAAGACCGCGUGCCUUGCUCUAAAAUGAGACACGACAGUGGGUAUCAUAGUGGACAGUCACAAGACAUGGCCCCUCGGUCGCACCGUAAUGCCGACCAAGGUCGCCAACAACCGAAGCGGUCAUAUCAGAAACCCAGGUCGGCAUCUCGGAGCCGCAGCCGCAGUCGCAGUCGAGUUUCUACAGACAGUAGUAGCCGCGCCCGGAGCGAGUCACCCCUGACGGCAAUGGAAGCCGAGAUUCUUGGCCUCGACGACGAGCCGAGCGAGCCAAAGCCAAAGUUUGCUAUAAAAAAGCCGAUUCGGCGCGUGAAAGUUGCAGCGGCAUUCAGUCGUCGCUGUUUCGGGCAUACUAGCAUACUUGGUGUGCAUUCGGAGUAG